ACUGGUGGUAAAAUGCUUCAAGGCUCUCAGUCAUAUAAAGACUGAGGAAACGAGUGAGUAGGAAAAACAGUCUCCCUGUUGAAUGAAAGUGAGAUUCAGGAAUCACUGUGAAAAAUACUUCUGUGAUUAUGGAUUCAACUAACAGCAAAAAGAAGAAAGUAGUUGUCAUUGGUGGUGGAUUGGUGGGUGCAUUAAAUGCUUGCUUCCUUGCAAAGAGAGGUUUCCAAGUUGAUGUCUAUGAAGCCAGAGAAGAUAUUCGAGUUGCAAAAUUUGCCUGUGGAAGAAGUAUUAAUUUGGCCCUUUCUCAUAGAGGACGUCAGGCUCUUAAAGCGGUUGGACUAGAAGACCAGGUUGUAUCCCAGGGCAUUCCUAUGAGAGCAAGGAUGAUUCAUUCUCUUUCAGGAACAAAGUCUGCAAUUCCUUAUGGGACAAAAAAUCAGUAUAUUCUUUCUAUAAGUAGAGAACAUCUAAAUAAGGACCUAUUGACUGCUGUUGAAAAAUACUCCACUGCAAAAGUGCACUUUGGCCACAAGUUGUUGAAUUGUAAACCUGAAGAAGGCAUAAUCACUAUCCUUGGAUCGAAUCAGGUACCUGUAGAAGUUACUUGUGACCUUAUUGUAGGGUGUGAUGGAGCCUAUUCAACAGUAAGAACACAGUUCAUGAAACGGGCUCGCUUCAACUACAGUCAACAGUAUAUUCCUCAUGGGUACAUGGAACUGACUAUUCCACCUAAGAAUGGGGAGUAUGCCAUGGAACCUAAUUAUCUACACAUUUGGCCAAGAAACACUUUCAUGAUGAUUGCUCUUCCUAACCAGAACAGAUCAUUUACUUGUACUUUGUUCAUGCCCUUUGAAGAUUUUGAAAAGCUCACGACAGGUAGUGAUGUGCUGGAUUUCUUCCAGAAAUACUUCCCAGAUUCCAUCCCCCUAAUGGGAGAGGAAGCACUGAAGCGAGAUUACUUUCUGCUGCCAGCCCAGCCUAUGAUAGCUGUCAAGUGCUCUGCAUUCCACAUUGGUUCCCAGUGUGUACUCAUGGGGGAUGCGGCCCAUGCAAUUGUGCCCUUUUUUGGACAAGGCAUGAAUGCGGGCUUUGAAGACUGUUUGGUAUUUGAUGAAUUAAUGGAUAAAUACCAUAAUGACUUAAGUGCUUGUCUUCCUGAAUUCUCAAGAUUUAGAAUUCCAGAUGAUCAUGCUAUUUCGGAUUUGUCCAUGUACAAUUACAUAGAGAUGCGAGCGCAUGUCAAUUCAAGAUGGUUCAUCUUCCAAAAGAACAUCGAAAAAUGUCUUCAUGCAAUUAUGCCGUCCACCUUUAUUCCACUCUACACCAUGGUCACUUUUUCCAGAAUAAGAUACCAUGAAGCAGUUCUACAGUGGAAUUGGCAGAAAAAGGUUAUAAACAGAGGACUUUUUUUCUUUGGGACAGCAACAGCCCUAAGUGGUACCUGCUUAUUUAUAACUUACAUGUCACCAAUGGUCCAACUGAAGAUGCUGUGGAACUGGAUCACUUCCUUCAGGAGCACUGAAAACCUCUUUUUGAAACUUCCAUGGAAUUAAAAGAACAAACUCUAGAUUGUGAUAUUGGCUGUUAUGAAAGAAAGUUAUCUAAUGGCAAAUGGUUGGCUUCUUGGAAAAGACAGGCACAUAUUAUUGACCUCCAUAUCCAACUCACUAUUAGAAGGCAUCCUUCAAAUGGCAGUGCCAUUUUGAAUUCUUCUUUAGGGCUAUUUAAAAGUUGUUUUGUUUUGUUUUUUUAAACAGAUGCUACAAUUUUUUUUUAAUUGAGAGCACAAGAAUGAUUUUGGACCCUCAGGAUAACAUUGUCCUGAGGGUCCAAAAUCAUGUUAUAAGUGAUAGUGCUAUCAAUUAAAUCCUUCUGGGAAUUUUGAAAUUCUGACUGAAUUUCAAUUUCAUCAAUAGAUAAUAUAUGAAAGCAUUAUAGCAAGGCUGUGAUGCGUUACUCACCUGUAAGGGAAGUACAGUCUACUAUAUGUUCUGUUAGCCCCAAUAUUAAAUAAAGCAUUUCCCCUGUUAA